AUGGCAGAGGAUCUUGUGGUUGGCAUCGACGUUGGAAUGAGUGGAACCGGUGUCGCGUACAGACAGAAAGGUCAUGCUGAAGUGAUUUGCCUAAAAUGGGGCAUCGAUAUGAAGGAUCCAAAGACGCCCACGCGUGUCUUUUACAAUGUCCACGAUCAGCCGCCGAGGCUCGUUGGAUGGGGAACAGAGGUCCCCGAUGAUUCUGUCGAGCAUUUAAAACUAUAUGAAUGGUUUAAAGUCGACCUUGGAGAAGUUGAUGGCGACAAUGGUCAAGUCAAAAGUCUUUACAGAGACUUCUUGACGUCCUUGUAUGGCGAACUUAGCACCAAGCGGUUCACUUCAGCUCUGCUGGGAGGAAAGAAUUUCGAAGAGGCCGAGGUUCUGUUCCUUUUCAGUGUACCCGCCACAUGGGACCCGGCUGCUGUCCGUGAUUUCACGCAGCUCGUUCGUGACUCUGGCUUCGAAAAGGAGGGCCUUCGCAGCGUUAGAGUGACCAUGACGGAGCCGCAAGCGGUUGCCGCGUAUGAGAUUUGCGUACGGAAUCCUGAUUACCAACUCAAGAACGGUGAAAGUGUCUUGAUCGUUGAUGCUGGCGGUGGGACUACUGAUUUCUGCCUCUUGAAGAUGGAUGAUACUUAUGAGAAACCGCCCCAAGCUAUGGAAUUAGCACCACCAACAGCCUGUGCAAUUGGCUCCUCGUACAUCGACCGGGGCUUUGAGGAAAUGGUGGUGACCUAUCUUCAGGAGAAGCGUGAUCUUUUGCUAAGAGACAUCGAGGAUGUCGCCUGGGACUUACGAAACAGCAACCGCUUCCGCAUUUACAAACACGAGUUUAACCCCGAUAAGUUCCGCGAGUUGACAUUCAACAUCCCUUUCAAGACGAGCGCUCGAGAUGACUCAAGACACCCUCCCCCACCCCCCUCCUUUGUUCUGACUGGUAAAUCUCUCGGUUCUUUGUUCGACAGCCAGAUUGGUGAGAUCAAUCAGCACAUUCGGCGUUUCGCAAGAGCUUUAGAGACAGACAGCGGGACCAAUUCCGAAAACCACCUCGACUACAUUGUCCUCGCUGGUGGGCUUGGAAGCUCCCGCUACGUUCUAGGCAAGAUCGAAGAGUUUAUCGGCGAAUCGCAGACCAACCUUGCAUUGAAAACCAAAGUGGUCAUGUCGUCUGCCCCGCGACUUUCUGUGUGCAUGGGUCUGGUCUACAAUGCGGGCCGUAAUCCAGAGCUAUUCCCACGACGCUUCAACCGAGUUUCAGUCGGUGUAGCCUCACAGUCACUGACAGGUGCGAUUAAGAAGAGUCGCUUUCGUAAUCUCAUCACACGAGCACUCUUACGCUUUCCUAAGGGCGAAAAGCCCGAGGGGGAAGUGGAGUGGUUUCUCAUCAAGGGGGAACUUGUUCCUGACCGAGUCGCCGUUCAUGAACAAAUAGCGCACUUCAGUGCGGAUUUGCCAUCCGACAAGCGGAUCUGGGAACUUGGCAUUCUCACCAGCUUCGAGAGCGACAUCGAGCAGUUGACACUUGAGGAUGACUUUCGUGUCCAUUCGGUCCUCAAAGUGAAGCUAUCCCAUAUUGGCGAACCUGACCAGACUGGGGCAAGAGGCGCCCUAUCAAGACUCCAUCUGGCUCGAAAGCCCAAAAUUCAGAUCAAAUUUGACCUUCGGGUUGAGGUCGGACUGGCCACCGUCGAGAUUCAGUGCACUGAUAAGAAGAUGUCAAUUUGCAGCGAGCCCAUAAGUAUUGAGACAGGUCAAGCGUCUGAAAGCCAUCUGCCCAUCUGCCAACAUAUUGUGCAUAAAUUAAGCUAG